GUGUCGGCCCCUGUUAUUCUCCUGUUUAGUUGAGCGUUAUGACUAAACUAAUACUUUACUGUCACGUGUUUUCGCUACUGUGCGUGUGAUGUGCUGUCAGGAGGACAGAUGUCUUCUUUAAGGUCAGUAUUUCAUUCAUCUGCACACAUUUAUAGGCAAACCUUUACAACAGGUGUCUCUGUGGUGCUGCCUCUGCAUGAACACACAUGAAGUCCUCGUAGAUGUAUUUAAACCAUCACUCAUAGCGAGCUGUGCGAUCUGUGCUGAAACUGGAGCCUCCUGGAGGCUCUUUUUCUUUCCUGGGUGGAAAUUUCCUCUUCAGAUUCUUUGAUCGAGUCCAAACCGUGACGGCACGGAAGACGGGCGCAGAUCAACGUCCUGAUUUUCUGAAGCAAAGAGUGAGGCGGUGCCACAAUGGGUGACUUUAAUCAUGUGAUAAUAUGUAAGGUGUCGACACGUUACACAUUUUAAGUAACGAGCCCGACGAUGACGAGCGGCUGUGCGUCUUGGACGCCGGAGACGCGCAACGGCAUGAGGAGCUCAGUCUGUUUGGAGCCACCGGCUGAGAUCAUUCAUCACUCCCAGCACUGACCGACCGGCCGACUGAGCAGAUAGCGGGAUACAAACAGACUCCUUAUGUCUCUGUGAAAUAUCCGUCAACAAAAGAUGGAUGUCCUCCUCGCCCCCCCCAAAAGAUACGACAGCGACGGGUGAGUGAAAUCGGAGAUGCUGCGCACGGCGGCCAAAAUCCCGGAGCUUUUGUGAACAGGGCUGUGGGUGUGUGCGCAUCAGGCUCGCUGUUAAACCUUCAGACUGCAUUCGCCAACUUCCCCCGCUUUCAUCAAGUCAUGUCUGAUACAGAGCGAUGGGCAAGUUUGACGACAACGAGAGGAUAAUCCUCAACGUCGGGGGGACGAGGCACGAGACCUACAAAACCACCUUAAAGACGCUGCCGGGGACGCGACUGGCCCUGCUCGCCUCCGAUUCGGACAUCGACUCCGUGCUGGAUCAGCUGCAACAAGUCCCCGGCUUCAUCGAGUACAACGCGCGGACCAACGAGUACUUCUUCGACCGUCACCCGGGCGUCUUCGCCUACGUCCUCAACUACUACCGCACCGGCAAGCUUCACUGCCCGGCGGAUGUGUGCGGACCGCUGUUCGAGGAGGAGCUCUCCUUUUGGGGCAUCGAUGAGACGGACGUGGAGCCCUGCUGUUGGAUGACAUACCGACAGCACCGGGACGCGGAGGAGGCUCUGGACGUGUUCGAGCUCAACGUGGACAACGGAGACGAGGACGACGAGAUAGGGAAGAGACUCGGCAUCGAGGACGUGGCUGCCGACGGGAAUGUCAGCCUGUGGAGGAAGUGGCAGCCGGUAAUCUGGAAUCUGUUCGAGGACCCCUACUCAUCCAGGGCGGCGAGGUUUAUUGCCUUCGUGUCUUUGUUCUUCAUCCUGGUUUCCAUUACCACCUUCUGUUUGGAGACUCAUGAGGCUUUCAACAAAAUCAUCAACAAGACUGAUGUGGCGCGGGACAGCAACGUGACCGACUCAGGUCCACAGUAUGAGAUCGAAACGGAUCCUGCUCUUACGUAUGUGGAAGGUGUUUGUGUCUUCUGGUUCACCAUUGAGUUCCUGGUGCGUGUGACCUUCUGCCCAGUCAAGUUGGAGUUUUUUAAGAGUCUUCUUAACAUCAUCGACUUCGUGGCUAUCUUGCCUUUCUACUUGGAGGUUGGGCUGAGCGGCCUUUCUUCAAAGGCUGCCAAGGAUGUGUUGGGUUUCCUCAGGGUGGUUCGUUUUGUUCGUAUUCUGCGUAUCUUCAAGUUAACACGACACUUUGUGGGACUUAGAGUACUGGGCCACACGUUACGGGCUAGCACCAAUGAAUUCCUGCUGCUCAUCAUCUUCCUGGCAUUGGGAGUGUUAAUUUUUGCCACAAUGAUAUACUAUGCCGAAAGAAUCGGCGCCAAGCCCAAUGAUCCCACGGCUACCCUCCACACUAAGUUCAAGAACAUCCCCAUCGGCUUCUGGUGGGCCGUGGUAACCAUGACAACACUGGGAUAUGGUGAUAUGUAUCCAGAGACCUGGUCAGGUAUGGUCGUGGGCGCAUUAUGUGCUUUAGCUGGUGUGCUGACGAUAGCCAUGCCUGUGCCCGUUAUCGUCAAUAACUUUGGGAUGUACUAUUCUCUGGCUAUGGCCAAGCAGAAGUUACCCAAAAAGAGGAAGAAACAUAUCCCUCAAGCAGUGCAGGGAGGGUCCCCCACCUACUGCAAAGCUGAUCUCAACACCACCUGCAACAGUACUCAAGGUGACCUGUGCCACGUCAAAGGGAGCAGGGUACUAGAACGCAACCGUUCAGUUCUGUCUGUAGACUGCAGCGGGGGCAGCGACCUCACCAUGUCUCCUGAGGAGAGGGUUCCCAUGCGUAGGUCCAGCACCCGAGAACAGGACCGCCGGAGUGGGGGGACCUGUUUCCUGCUUGCUGCCAGUGAUUACACCUGCCCUGCAGACGGAGGGAUACGAAAGACAGGCUAUGAGAAAUCCCGGAGCUUAAACAACAUAGCGGGCAUGACUGGCAUGGCUGGUAACACUCUGAGGCUGUCUCCUGUGACCUCGCCCUAUGGAUCGCCCUGCCCGCUACGCCGCUCUCGCUCCCCUAUCCCUUCCAUCCUGUGAGAUGUCCACCUCUGGACCGCUUUGACCCCAACCAACCCAUAUCCGUUCCACUAACAAACCACAUCCCUCUGGCAUCAAAUCCGAACUCUGUUUAGUUCUUGUGACUAGUGGAGAAGUACUCCACCAUCGUAGCCAAGAAUCGUGUAAAUGUCUCGAGUAACCUGAGCAAGUUCUGCGCUUUUCCUUCGAGGUACAUCUGCUUAGCUCACAUUCAUCUCCUGAUGUACCUUUUAGCUCGAUAUUAUCAUAAUGUGAGUCUUGCAAUAAAAAAACUGUUACUGGUGGCUUCAGAGGUAGCAGCCAUAACGUGUAAUAAAGGACAUUUAUUAAUCAGGGAUAUUAGAUGUUGUUAUAUUUAGAUACCUUGAAAUAGAUGUGCUUCCAGAAAAAGAAAGAGAGAUGUCACUUUGUUUUAACCUCACACAAACUGUGACUUUGUUGAUGGUAAACUGUGUUAUAAUUGGGUUGGAGUUGGAGAGGAGGGGCAAGUCACUUUUCACCCGCUGUUGGGCCUGCUCAUGUUUUUGCAUGGAUCAUCCUGUAACCAUCGUCUUCAAGCAGCGUGCACAGAGGAGGGGAGGAGAGCUCGAGGAUCUGUAGAACAGACUUGGAGUUGUUUCUAUAAAAUGUUGUUAUGUUGGGAUUUAGGCGAGGGAGGGCGUACCCGACUCGUACCAUGUCUCAUUUUGCCAUUGGCUUCAGCAACAAUCCACCGAGGAGACUGAAAACACAGAAGCCCAGCUGGGCCUUGCUUUCUGCUCAUUUGCUGCUAUUUCUGAAUAACUUUCUCCUCCUCUGUGUCUAAUUUUCUUUUCCCUCUGACGUAGUGCCACCAAAUCUGUUGUGUUUCUGGUUGUUUACUCACAGAUAACUGCAAAGAGGUUGUCUUUACUGGUUUUACACAAGCAGAGAGCAGCGUUCUAUCUUAAUGGCUUGAAGAAAGGCACCGCCAUAGUGGAAAGGUAAAGGAAUGAGGGUGCGGUGCCAUCUCACCCUUUUCUUGGCUAUUUUUCAGUGUGUGUGUGUGUGUGUGUGUGGGGGGGGCAUAGUCAGGUAGCAUUUUAUUCAUGAGACAAUGUCCACAAAAAAUAAAUAGAUGUAUGUCCCCAGACUACACAGUUGAAAGUGAAGCUAAUCAGUCUUUUUGACAAUGACAGGCAUAAGCUGCCUCUGCGUACCAACAGGUGUGGGGAAGCAGACGUAACCAUGCAGCAGUGUGCCUCGCCCAUCACUACAGUAUGUCUAUAGAAGUAGCAGGAGGUUGCUAAGCAACUGGCUCACAACUAGAUGCAUCUUCCACGUAGCUCGGCAAAAAGUCAAACUAUCAGAAAGAGGAGCUUGUCUUUGUCUUUGCACCUAGUUAUUGAUUCACGCCUUACAUGAACGACCCCAGCACACAGACGAGCCUUUAGAAAUAAAAUUUUGUACUGUUUUGAUUUUUGUGCAUAUACUUUUAAACAGACAGCGUGUGCAUGGUGAGAUCUGAUGCAUUUCUUUCAUCCAGACAUGUGUUUAUAUUUUAUUUAGACAAUUCAUUUCCUAUUUGAAUAACAGUGGGAUAAAUUGUCAUCAGUAUGAGGACCUAUUGCAGUGGGAAGACCUCAUUUGGAGCCAUAAGGCCACGCCUACAGGACAAUAAGGAUGAGGACGCACCCGAAAGCCACUGACUGACAGGCUGUCGGUGAGCAGACUGGAAGACUCACAAAAAAUUCUUAUUUUGAAAAGGAGAGGAAAGCAAACUGGGCUCGUCCUUAAAAGAGACUAUCUAGUGCGUAGAUUCUGCUCCUGUAAAUACAAAACAACACAGCACAUCUGGGCCAUGUGGCUCUGUCCACACAUCUGUCUUUUGAUAUAGCGAGUCAGGUACGAGGCGGCUCGCUGCUACGUUGCGCCGUUGACACUCUGAGUCGAUCAUAUUUCUUGCUGUGAUAUCCCUCCUUGCAAUAAAUGUAUUGAGACGCAUCAGUCGAGGCACUUUGUGUUCAAAACAAGGAGUGUGUUCAUAUAUGAAAUUCCACACCGAGUAUAUACAGUGUAGAGAGGCAACGUUGAACAAAUGUGACAUUACGAUCAUCUCUGCUUUUGUUUCUCUCUGUAAUUUCAGUAGGUUAAUUGCUGCUGUGUGUAACUGUGUGUGUGCGUGCGUGUGUGCGUGUCCUAACAAUCCAGGGUAAGGUCUAUAGCUUGAAAGGCCCGGUCAGAGAAGACCAGCGAGUGGACUCGAUGCUGUCACUCUUGUACAUUUAGCACAAACAGAAAUGAGACAGAGCUGCCCUGUGAUGCAGUGCCGUUGUAGAAGUCCCCUCUCUACCCUGCGUUAGUGCUGCAGACGUUCAUCUCUAUACAAACCAAAUUGUUCUGACCAGACUAUUCCUCAUGACUCCUGGUGGCUAACAAAAAUAACUUGAUUCUUCCAGAUCUUUCCCCUUGUGGGGGUGAAGCAAACGUGUAGCAGAAGUUUACCAAGUUAUACAGCGGGACUUCUAGAAUGGCUACAUCUGCACCGUAGCAAUCCCACAUACCCACACAAUCAGAUUGGAUUCGCAAUAAGCACCCGAAAAACAAAAGCACCGAUCCACACUGUGAUUUCAGGAGCCUGUUAAAACAGGAAGGUGAAGGAAAACGAGUGAAAAAGCAGCUGGAGAAGCUGCCAGGCGAGAUCUGAAAGUGGCACAACCGGCACAGUUGUAGGCUAGCUGUUCCAGUGUCGCCCUGAACCCACCAUCCUCCUCAUGUAGUACACACGCUGCUUCACUCUUUGAAAUGACAAAGGGGUACCGUUCUUUGUGUAUUUCUAGGAUGAUGUUAUAACUUGAAAAAAAAGGUGUUUAUUUUUUUGAAACCAGAACAUGUAUUUUUGUGUCUUACUGUGGAGUACUUUGCUCUUUCCUGUAAAGUCCUGGUAGUCUGAUGCUGUGCUUCUACAUCGUGUCCUCCAACUGUCAGGCUUUUGAUCCAAGUUCAUGUUUCGUAUGUUUUACUGUGAGCAUAAUUCUCGUUUUUGUAAUUCUGUAUUUGUGGAGCCUUUUGUUGGCAAGUGCAUGCUGAAAAGAAAAAUCAUUAUGUCAAAUUGUAAAAAAAAAAAAAAAGAUGACAUAUUGUAUAUCACGUUCAAAACAAUGUGUAUAGAGUAAAGGUAAAUACUAUGUGAGAGACUCACAUAAACUAUUUAUCUUUUAACAGAUGGUCUCUGUCUUUGCUUAAUUUCACCUAUUUUCUUCUUGGUUGUCAGAAAAACACAAAUGUGUGUUUAACCUUCAUGCACACCACACAAACCCUCACUUUUCAUAUAGGAGUCAAUCGUCUCCACUUUUCUAAAUUGAAAAUCGACUUAUUUCUUUUGAUAAUGCUUAACUUCACCUAUUAAACCACCUUCAAACUUUCCCCUUUACAUUAGUGACUCAGGUCUCUGCGCACAGAAAAAAAAAAUCUAACCUGAAUUGAAAUUAAAAUUAAAACUUUAACAAUCCUGUUCUGCAGUGUUAGUCAGUGACUGGCUGCUCCUGUAUGGGAUCAGAACGAUGCCACCAUAUCCCAUAGUCCAGCCAAUGAUGCGAUUCACAUUCGUAUAUACGCAGCUGAUCAACGUGGUUGACAGUCUCUGACAGCGUCCUCAUGUGCCGGAGUUUUAGCGAGCAAAGCAGCUGAUGUGGAGUGAAGCCAGGUUAAUGACAACGUGUACAACCAUUGGAGAUGUGAGCAGGACAGACGGAACAACUGAUGGGAAAGUGUGGACUUUAUAC